CCUCUGUUGGCGGAAGUGUAGCAGCGCGAAGUCAGAGUGGAUCGGCUAACAUCACAAGCACAACCGCAGCCGGGCCACGACCCUGCCUCAACCCAACCACAGAGACACACACACAUCAGAGAGAGAUGGACGGAACCAACAAUCGCCAAAGUUUCGGAAGGUAACCCAGAGUCAUGGCCCACGAGAGAUCAGCUGCGACCGGACACGCGGACUGAUCUAGAGUCAGUUAUUCAGCUCGUUUGUUGUUUGCUCGAGUGGACUCUGAGAUGUCGGGCUCGAAGCUGCUGGGUCGCGUGCGCUCCGCGUUCCGCCGGCAGCCGGACACCUGGCACCUGAACGACUCGUCCGACUUUGAUUUUCCCGAACAUCUGGAGGAGGACGAGACGCCCAAAUUCAACCAGCUGAAAGUGGUGGUGUCCGGGGACGAACUCCCCGCGGACGCGCCCAACGGCUCGACGGUCAGCACGGUUUUGGUGGACGAUGACGACUCUCUGCUGGGCUCGUCCUCGAGUCUCGGGAGCCCCGAAGCGACGGCGGACCCCUGCGAGAACUGCAAGAGGGCGCGGGAACGCGGUAGACGCCGAGCGCUGAUGAGAAAGCUGGGCGUCGCGGCGCUCCUUUACUUUUUGUUUAUGGUUGGUGAGCUGAUAGGUGGAUAUAUGGCAAACAGUCUGGCUAUCAUGACAGAUGCGUUGCACAUUCUGACAGAUCUCAUCGGGAUUAUUGUGUCACUUCUGGCGCUUUGGUUGUCUGCAAAACCACCAACAUACAGAUUUACUUUCGGCCUUCAUCGGCUCGAGGUGUUGUCUGCAGGUAUCAGUGUGUUAUUGAUCUACAUUCUGACGGGUGUGUUAGUGAAUGAAGCAGCACAGAGAACCAUUCAUCAGGACUUUGAAAUAGACGGAGACGUCAUGCUGAUCACAGCAGCGGUGGGCGUCGCUGUCAACGUGUUGAUGGGAUUUCUUCUCAGUCAAUCUGGACAUCUCCACUCACAUGGCCACGGUCACUCACAUGGCCACGGUCAUGGUAACUCACGUGACCCAGCUGGGCGGAGUCAAGAUCAAGGACAGAGUCAAGAUCAGGGGCGGGGUCAGGGGAGUCUUGUGAUACGAGCCGCUUUCAUUCAUGCUGUGGGUGAUCUGGUUCAGAGCGUCGGGGUUCUUAUUGCUGCUUACAUUGUCCGGUUUAAGCCCGAGUAUAAACUGGCAGACCCCGUGUGUACGUACCUGUUCUCCAUCCUAGUGUUAUUCAGCACUUUCCAAAUCAUUAGAGAUACAGGAAUCAUCCUGCUGGAGGGUGCGCCGCGUCACAUGGAUGUGUCUGAAAUCAGAGCCGACCUGUUGAAGCUUCAGCACGUGCAGUGUGUGGAUGAACUGAAGCUCUGGGCCCUGACGGCUGAAAAAACCGCUGCCAUCGUUCACCUGCAGCUGGUGCCGGGGUUCGUGGGUAACUGGGAGGAUGUGCAGAAGAAUGCACGGCGCCUGCUGAUGAUGUCACACGGGGUGACGCACUGCACGGUGCAGCUGCAGACGCAGAGAAACGGACUGCCGCAGUCGUGCACGCGCUGUCUCUCAUCGAGUGCCUAGAGACGCUUGUGCUCACCUCAUCUGCCUGUCUGUCUGUCUCUCACACACACACACACACACACACACACAGAUGAUGAGAGGGUGAGACAGAAUGAUUGUCUAGCAGCUUUUUCUAUACUGAAUAUUGGACUCAUUUUGAUACACCUUUAAUAUGACAAACACGGUCUGUUAUUUUUGUUUUUUUAUUUGAUGUUUCAAUCUGUUGAGGGGAAAUGUUGACAGCCAAAGUGUUUGUGUAUGUAACUCUCUGCAUGUGAUGUUAUAAACUGAAUAUAACAGCAGCCAAUGACUUUACUCUAAUACACAAACACACAAGCGAAGAACUGCACACAAUUCUGUUUUUUAUCUUUUUAGUUAAUUUGUCCUCAGAUGCAAAAUAAAUAUAAAACCCUUUAUUUAAACAUCAAUAAUAAUCCUUUAUGCCUUUUAUUCUUUUAUACUUUUGUUUUACUGUUUGAUAUUUGGCUUUAGGUUUGUGUCUGAGAGAGGGAAGGUUUGUUCACUGAUUUCAUUAUUACUGCAGUAUUUGUUGUGUGUGUUUGUGGGCAUCAGAAUGAUUGAUGUAAACUGACAUCUGAAGCGCUUGAUAACUUAAAAUAAUAAAUGGAUUUUAAAAGGC